GCCUUUACGUACCCGAUCACGCUCUCACUAACUGACCAUAUCACGGCUUCACGUUCUUCUUCCUGCUCCAUGGCUCGUGUUUCUCUGUCUCACUCAAACUUCUUCUCUUGCUUUCUCUCUCGUUGAGUGAUCGAUCCAGACCCCAGGGUGUUGGAUUUUCGUCUGCUCUUUUCUGUGCAACACCACAGAUCUUCUGACUCAAGCCCGGAUUCAACGCUUUCUUUUUCUUGAUUUUUACUUGUCCGAUCUGAUAUCUGCUUCAGAAUGCCGGCUGUUUACGGAGCUCGCUUGACAACCUUCGAAGACUCCGAGAAGGAGAGUGAAUACGGUUACGUUCGUAAAGUAUCGGGACCAGUCGUGGUUGCAGAUGGCAUGGCUGGGGCUGCUAUGGAUGAACUAGUGCGUGUUGGUCGGGAUAACCUCAUUGGUGAAAUUAUUCGCUUGGAAGGGGAUUCUGCUACUAUCCAAGUUUAUGAGGAAACAGCUGGCUUAACGGUGAACGAUCCUGUCCUCCGGACACACAAGCCUUUAUCAGUGGAGUUGGGGCCUGGAAUAUUGGAAAAUAUUUUUGAUGGUAUUCAGAGGCCUUUGAAAACUAUUGCUAAAAGAUCUGGUGAUGUUUAUAUUCCUCGUGGUGUCUCUGUUCCAGCGCUUGAUAAAGAUACACUUUGGGAGUUUCAGCCUAAAAAAAUUGGUGAAUGGGACCUUUUGACUGGUGGAGAUUUAUACGCUACGGUUUUUGAGAACAGUUUAAUGCAACACCACGUUGCACUUCCUCCUGAUGCAAUGGGAAAAAUAACAUACAUUGCCCCACCUGGUCAAUAUUCCCUGAAGGAUACUGUGUUGGAGCUUGAGUUUCAAGGUGUCAAAAAACAGUUCACAAUGCUUCAGACAUGGCCUGUGCGAACUCCGAGGCCUGUUGCAUCAAAACUAGCAGCUGACACUCCUCUGCUUACGGGUCAGCGUGUUCUUGAUGCCCUUUUCCCUUCUGUUCUUGGCGGGACUUGUGCAAUACCUGGAGCUUUUGGUUGUGGUAAAACUGUCAUUAGUCAGGCUCUUUCAAAGUAUUCCAACUCUGAUGCUGUUGUUUAUGUUGGUUGUGGGGAACGUGGAAAUGAAAUGGCAGAGGUCUUGAUGGACUUUCCACAACUUACAAUGACAUUACCUGAUGGCCGAGAAGAAUCUGUUAUGAAGCGAACAACGCUGGUGGCUAACACUUCAAACAUGCCUGUGGCUGCUCGUGAGGCUUCAAUUUAUACAGGAAUCACUCUAGCUGAGUACUUUAGAGAUAUGGGCUACAAUGUCAGCAUGAUGGCAGAUUCAACAUCUAGAUGGGCAGAAGCAUUGCGUGAAAUCUCUGGACGGCUGGCAGAAAUGCCUGCAGAUAGUGGAUAUCCUGCUUACCUUGCUGCACGUUUAGCUUCUUUCUAUGAACGUGCUGGCAAAGUAAAAUGCCUUGGAGGUCCCGAACGUACUGGUAGCAUCACAAUUGUUGGUGCUGUUUCUCCACCUGGAGGAGAUUUCUCUGAUCCUGUGACAUCUGCAACCCUUAGCAUAGUUCAGGUUUUCUGGGGUUUGGACAAAAAGCUUGCCCAAAGGAAGCAUUUUCCUUCUGUGAACUGGCUUAUUUCCUAUUCAAAGUACUCGGGUGCAUUGGAAUCCUUCUAUGAGCAAUUUGAUCCAGAUUUCAUAAACAUUAGGACAAAGGCUCGUGAAGUGCUGCAGAGAGAAGAUGACCUCAAUGAAAUUGUCCAACUUGUAGGCAAGGACGCUUUAGCUGAAGGAGAUAAGAUCACAUUAGAAACUGCAAAGCUUUUGAGAGAGGAUUAUCUUGCUCAGAAUGCUUUUACUCCAUAUGACAAAUUCUGUCCCUUCUAUAAAUCUGUUUGGAUGAUGCGCAACAUUAUCCAUUUCUACAACUUGGCAAAUCAGGCAGUGGAGAGGGGAGCUGGUACAGAUGGUCAGAAGAUCACAUACACCCUCAUUAAGCAUCGUUUGGGAGAUCUCUUCUACCGUUUAGUGUCGCAGAAAUUUGAAGAUCCAGCAGAAGGUGAAGCAGCUCUGGUUGGCAAAUUUAAGAAGCUUCAUGAGGACCUGACUAACGGUUUCCGCAAUCUUGAGGAUGAAACCCGAUAGAUUGUAUAAUUUAUUAAUUUUAGAUUGCAAAAUGUGUUGAUGGUUUCAUUCAAAGCGGCGGUCAAGGAAUCCUGUGGUUGGGGUGAUUGUUUUGUUCGAGUUGUGCAGGAAUCCAACCUUGUCAGGUCGUUCAGAUCACAUCAUUUUCCUGCUACAGGUUUUGGCUAUCUAUAUAUUUGCUUUGUGGAGCGAUUUUCUCAUAUUCUUCUCCACAUGUAUUUAUGCAAAUAAGUGUUUGUUAGAAAUUGAAAUGCUCCCAGACAGCUGUGAUUCAAGUUUA